GAGCAAUUAGUGUUGUUUGUUCGAAUUCCAAUUCCAAUUAGAGUGUGCAUCAACUACGGAGGAGGAAACAAAAUACCAUCCUUCAUUCAUCUCACCUUUCAUUCAUUUGACCCUUUCCCUUCCGUUCCAACAAUAUAUUUAACUAACUCCAAUUUUCCUAUUUUUAUUUUCUCCCCCUUUUUUUCCAUCCAUCCCAAAACCCUCCUCUCCUUCUCUUUCCUUCCUUUUUCCUUUUCAGUUAAACCCUUCUUUUCCGCUCCUCCUUUUCCCUUCCUCAAGGAAAUUAACUCAAACAUUUCUCCCCAAUUUUCCACACCCAAACUUCACUUUUUUCUUUCUGCGUCACUUCCCAAUUUCAUCAAAACUCCAAAGCCCCAUUCACAAAUUCCGAUUUAUUCGAUAUUAAACUCUCUGUUAUAUGGAUCAAAACGACGAAGCUAUUGCAAAGAGCGAAAACUCGUUAAACUUUUCAUCCCUAAAAAGUCACAGAUCGUGGCUUGAAAUUCGCCUCUUCUACGUUCGUAUCUCACCUUGUUUAAUCAAUAACGUUCCCGAACGUUUAACCCUAUGUCACCCAAAGCGAGAAAUCGGUUUUUCUCUUGUAAUCAACGGUUCGCCAAUUCCUGCAAAUAAUUCCGCUCCGCCGCUUCCCCUCCGCCGUGACCGUAUUGAUAAAGAGUCCGCCGAGGUUACCUACGUCAGCACCGAUAAUGUGAGGAUCACCGGUGGUGCUGAAUUUGAGGUGUAUGAAAAAGAGGGGUUGUUUCUUUGUGGGUCGUUGGAACGGUUGGAUGCUGAUUGGGGAAAUGGGUCGGGUUGGACUAUGGAUUGUCAUGUGGCCGUUGGGUCAAUUGGGUCGGGUUCUUCGGCAUUUUUUCGGCCGAAGUUCGGUGUUUCGGCUCCUUCGGUGGAAGUUUAUGUUGCUGGAUGUUGUUCUGGUGUGCCUGUGAUUUUGAGUAAGACGAUUUCGAUGAGUCCUAGGAGGAGAGUUCCUAGACAUGCUAUUUUGGAUGCUAUUCCUGAAGAUGAGGAAAUGAAUAUGAUGGAGAAGGAUCAUGUUAGUGGUGGUAUGAGUAUGAAUGGAUUGAUUCCACACCCCAAAUUGCAGAUAACAGGGUCGGAAGUUGAUGAUUACGAUCUUGAUGGGAAGAUGGCUCACGGUUUCUACUCUCAAGAAAUGUAUCCCGGCGAGGAUGGACAACUCACAUGGUUCAAUGCUGGUGUUAGAGUUGGUGUUGGAAUCGGCCUUGGGAUGUGUGUAGGGAUUGGCAUUGGCGUUGGAUUACUCAUACGAUCAUACCAAACGACAACCAGGAAUUUUAGGAGGAGAUUUUUCUAAACAAUAAUAAUGAAUUCACUGCUCUAUUUCAACGAAAAACCGAAUAAGAUAUACUCAAGUUGGACCAAGGAUGGAACAUUCCCAAGGGAGGAAUUAAAAAGAAAAGAGAAAAAAUAAAAUUGAAUGCAUGAACCAUGAGUUUUGUAGAUGAGUGAAGGUUAUGCGUCGAUUUGUUUUUGUAGCUUUGUCACAGAUGUGUUCAUGUAUCACUUAGACUCGAAGAUUUGCAUUUUGUUAAGCUAUAUCUGAUCCACCAACAACAAUUGGUGUCAAUAAGCAUGGUUUGAGGAUUGGAUGGAUAGUGUGGUGUGCCAGCAGGAACAAGUGUUCAAACGGCCACAGCAUAAAGGUUGAGAGAGGUUUUUAACUGUGAGCAUGUAUGGGGAUUUUUUUAUUCUUUGUUUGAUUGUAGAUAUUUUAUCUUUUGAUGCAAAUUUUGAUAUGUAUAUUUCUGUAACCAUGGUAAAUGAUUUUCAUUUAAAAUCUUUGUUCCCUUUAUAGUGAAUUUCAUUUUCAAAUUGAUUCAACUGUUACAAGCUAUAUUCAACUAUUCUGGUAAUGUUAGGAUUGUGCUGCAACCAUAGCAUCAUGAUAAUUUGAAGAACUGUUAUAUUGUGAAGUGUGUGUGUGUGUGUUAUAAUUUGAAGAACUGUUAUAUUGUGAAGUGUUCAAACGGCCACAGCAUAAAGGUUGAGAGAGGUUUUUAACUGUGAGCAUGUAUGGGGAUUUUUUUAUUCUUUGUUUGAUUGUAGAUAUUUUAUCUUUUGAUGCAAAUUUUGAUAUGUAUAUUUCUGUAACCAUGGUAAAUGAUUUUCAUUUAAAAUCUUUGUUCCCUUUAUAGUGAAUUUCAUUUUCAAAUUGAUUCAACUGUUACAAGCUAUAUUCAACUA